CCCGCCGCCGCCGCCGCCGCCGGGCCGGGACCGCUGUGCGCCCGCGGCGUGAGGCGUGGGAGGGAGCGCGGCCCGUCAGCCGCGGCGCCGCCCGGUCGUCGUCCGCUUUCGCCUGCCGGCACCGCCGCGGUCGGAGGGUGGACCCAGCUUGGCUGGACCUGGGGGACCGCAGUGUGGAGCUCCUGACAGCCUGCGUGCAGCCUCCCGGGUGGGACGAGCCGCAGCCAGUAAACUCUGACCCGGCCUCCUGCAGUGGGGUAAAUAGAGUGCUAGUGUAAUGACCACGUCUGGGCAAGUCCAAGUAAUUACAUCUUCACGUGAACCUGAUGCUUUGCAUUAUGAAGUUCUCAUCUGGUCAACAUAGUGUCCUGUUCUGGAAGCUCCUUUCACCAUCAGGUCCUUGCAGAAGCUCCUGUUCUCCUGUGACUGCCUCCUACUUCGUUAUGCUUACAUUUCGGGGGAGGACCUUCUCCAGUGGCCUUCUGAGGUGAACACACUGAGGUUCAGGAUGGUGAAAUGACUCUUUCUUUGUCCCACGGGUAGAACUGGGGCUCCUUUGCAUCUUCCAGUUGCAAGUCAGUGCCUUCCUCAGCUUCCCCAGAGCUCCUCCAGAGUAUUGGAAGGGAGAUUGCGGAAGCUUGAGAAGAUUCUAUAACUGAGAGGCAUUCUUCAAGCUGCUGGAAAAUAUUACAGAAGGAACACCUCCUAAAUUUUGCCUCAAGCUCUGAAAAAAGGAGCGCAGAGGGGAAGCUUAGUCUUGAAUGCGGAUCGAAGCAAGUCCAGUGGGAGUGAUGGCCCAGGGCUUGGUGCGCGGACUCCUGGCACGGUCUCUCUAGGACUGAGCUUAUGUUGUUGGGAGUGGCGGGCCGAGGGGCCCUGGAACCCCAGGCGCUGUCUAUGGAGAAGAGUGGCUGUAGUCCGUUUCCAGUGUGUUGGGCUAAAGAAUAUGACAGAUACCUAGCAUCUAGCAAAAUAAUGGCUGCUGCUUACCUUGACCCAAACUUGAAUCACACGCCGAGUUCAAGUACCAAGACUCACCUGGGAACUGGUGUGGAGCGUUCUCCUGGGGCCAUGGAGCGAGUAUUAAAGGUCUUUCAUUAUUUUGAAAGCAACAGUGAGCCAACCACUUGGGCCAGUAUUAUCAGGCAUGGAGAUGCAACCGACGUCAGGGGCAUCAUUCAGAAGAUAGUGGACAGUCACAAAGUAAAGCACGUGGCCUGCUAUGGAUUUCGCCUGAGUCACCUGCGGUCAGAGGAGGUUCACUGGCUCCAUUUGGAUAUGGGUGUCUCCAAUGUGAGGGAGAAGUAUGAACUUGCCCACCCACCAGAGGAGUGGAAAUAUGAAUUGAGAAUUCGUUAUUUGCCAAAAGGAUUUCUAAACCAGUUUACUGAAGACAAGCCAACUUUGAAUUUCUUCUAUCAACAGGUGAAGAGCGAUUAUAUGUUAGAGAUCGCUGACCAAGUGGACCAGGACAUUGCACUGAAGUUGGGUUGUCUAGAAAUACGGCGAUCGUACUGGGAGAUGCGCGGCAACGCCCUGGAAAAGAAGUCUAACUACGAAGUGCUGGAGAAAGAUGUUGGUUUGAAGCGGUUUUUCCCUAGGAGUUUACUGGAUUCAGUCAAGGCCAAAACACUAAGAAAAUUGAUCCAACAAACAUUUAGACAGUUUGCCAACCUUAACAGAGAAGAAAGUAUUUUGAAGUUCUUUGAGAUCCUCUCCCCAGUGUACAGAUUUGAUAAAGAAUGCUUCAAGUGUGCCCUUGGUUCAAGCUGGAUUAUUUCAGUAGAGCUGGCGAUUGGCCCCGAGGAAGGAAUCAGUUACCUCACAGACAAGGGCUGCAAUCCUACACACCUGGCCGACUUCAACCAAGUGCAGACCAUCCAGUAUUCAAACAGUGAAGACAAGGACAGGAAAGGGACGCUGCAGCUGAAGAUCGCAGGGGCGCCCGAGCCCCUGACGGUCACGGCCCCGUCGCUGACCAUCGCCGAGAACAUGGCCGACCUGAUCGACGGGUACUGCCGCCUGGUGCACGGGGCCACGCAGUCCUUCAUCAUCCGGCCCCAGAAAGAAGGUGAACGGGCUUUGCCAUCGAUACCAAAGCUGGCCAACAGCGAGAAGCAGGGCGUGCGCACCCAUGCGGUCUCUGUGUCAGGAGUCAGUCACUGCCAUCCUAAGGUUAAGAAGGCUAGGCGCUUCCUCCCCUUGGUCUUCUGUGCCCACGAACCUUCUUCUGCGGAUGAAAUUAGUGGGGACGAAACGGACGAUUAUGCCGAGAUCAUAGAUGAAGAGGACACUUACACCAUGCCCUCCAAAAGCUAUGGAAUAGAUGAAGCCAGGGACUACGAGAUUCAGAGAGAAAGAAUAGAACUCGGCCGGUGCAUCGGAGAGGGCCAGUUUGGAGAUGUGCACCAGGGCACCUACACGAGCCCGGAGAAUCCAGCUUUGGCAGUUGCAAUUAAAACAUGUAAAAACUGUACUUCGGACAGUGUGAGAGAGAAGUUCCUUCAAGAAGCCUUAACGAUGCGUCAGUUUGACCACCCUCACAUUGUGAAGCUGAUUGGAGUCAUAACAGAGAACCCGGUCUGGAUCAUCAUGGAGCUGUGCACACUCGGAGAGCUGCGGUCGUUUCUGCAAGUAAGGAAAUACAGUUUGGAUCUAGCGUCUUUGAUCCUAUAUGCCUAUCAGCUUAGUACAGCCCUUGCGUAUCUGGAGAGUAAAAGAUUUGUACACAGGGACAUUGCUGCUCGGAACGUUCUGGUGUCCUCAAAUGAUUGCGUAAAAUUAGGAGACUUUGGAUUAUCCCGAUAUAUGGAAGAUAGUACUUACUACAAAGCUUCCAAAGGAAAAUUGCCUAUUAAAUGGAUGGCUCCUGAGUCAAUCAAUUUUCGACGUUUUACCUCAGCUAGUGACGUGUGGAUGUUUGGUGUGUGUAUGUGGGAAAUCCUGAUGCAUGGGGUGAAGCCCUUUCAAGGCGUGAAGAACAAUGACGUGAUCGGGCGCAUCGAGAAUGGGGAGAGACUGCCCAUGCCUCCCAACUGCCCUCCCACUCUCUACAGCCUCAUGACCAAGUGCUGGGCGUACGACCCCAGCCGGCGGCCCCGCUUCACUGAGCUCAAAGCUCAGCUCAGCACAAUCCUGGAGGAAGAGAAGGUCCAGCAAGAAGAGCGCAUGAGGAUGGAGUCCAGAAGGCAGGUCACCGCGUCCUGGGACUCUGGAGGGUCCGACGAAGCGCCACCCAAGCCCAGCAGACCUGGUUAUCCCAGUCCAAGGUCCAGUGAAGGAUUCUAUCCCAGCCCACAGCACAUGGUGCAGACCAAUCACUACCAGGUCUCUGGCUACCCUGGCCCACAUGGAGUCACAGCCAUGGCUGGCAGCAUCUACCCAGGUCAGGCAUCUCUCUUGGACCAAACAGAUUCGUGGAAUCACAGACCACAGGAGAUAUCCAUGUGGCAGUCCAGCGUGGAGGACUCCGCGGCGCUGGACCUGCGCGGCCUCGGGCAGGCGCUGCCCACACACCUGAUGGAGGAACGGCUGAUCCGGCAGCAGCAGGAGAUGGAGGAGGACCAGCGCUGGCUGGAGAAGGAGGAGAGGUUUCUGAAACCUGAUGUGCGGCUCUCUCGAGGCAGCAUCGACAGGGAGGACGGAGGUCCUCAGGGCCUGACUGGAAACCAGCACAUAUAUCAGCCUGUGGGCAAACCAGAUCCUGCAGCACCACCAAAGAAGCCGCCGCGUCCCGGAGCCCCCGGGCACCUGGGCAGCCUGGCCAGCCUCGGCAGCCCCGGGGACAGUUACAACGAGGGCGUCAAGCCAUGGAGGCUUCAGCCCCAGGAGAUCAGCCCCCCUCCCACGGCCAACCUGGACCGGUCCAACGACAGGGUGUAUGAGAACGUGACGGGCCUGGUGAGAGCGGUCAUCGAGAUGUCCAGCAAGAUCCAGCCUGCCCCGCCGGAGGAGUACGUCCCCAUGGUGAAGGAAGUCGGCCUGGCCCUGAGGACGCUGUUGGCCACAGUGGAUGAGACCAUUCCUGUCCUGCCCGCCAGCACCCACCGAGAGAUCGAGAUGGCCCAGAAGCUGCUGAACUCCGACCUGGGGGAGCUCAUCAACAAGAUGAAACUGGCCCAGCAGUACGUCAUGACCAGCCUGCAGCAGGAGUACAAGAAGCAGAUGCUGACGGCCGCACACGCGCUGGCCGUGGACGCCAAGAACCUGCUCGACGUCAUCGACCAGGCCAGACUGAAGGCCCUGGGGCAGCCGAGGCCGCACUGAGCACGACCCGCCCUCGCCCCACCCGCCACGAGGCCGCCUGGCCGGCGCAGGCACGCCCAGCGCCAACGUUUUGACUGACGGCUGCUUGGAAAUCUCACAUAAGUUUAACUGCGUUUUGAUUUGGGUUGUUUUUGUUUCGACUCUUUAAUCAUGGUGUUCAGAAAAGUCUGGGAUCCACAGUGCAGCAUUUUUCUGAGAGUAAAAGUUGUAUGUGAGAAGCUCUUAAAGAACAAUGAAGGACAGGCUGUGCUCGUGUCAGGAUACGCUUUCGUGGAAAUGGCCGAGGCGGCAACGCGCUGAUUCCUGAACUGGCUAGACCUCGCUUUGGAAGAAGAGGAGGAAGCGGAGGGUUCCAGGAACCACGGGGCUGAGAAGCCCUUUGCCAACCGCAGACUUGCGAUCCAGACUGGAAUUUUUGUCGUCAGAACACUCUUCAGUUGCAAUAUGCUAAUACCACUUUACAGAGGAAGAAUAUAAAAGCUAUAUUUUGAAGACUUGAGUCAUUUCAGAAAAAAAAAAAAUACCCUCUCCUCCUUCCUGCCUUUUACUUUCAUGUGGGUGUGUGAAACAUUUGGUUGGAAACUAGCUGUAGAACACACUAAAAACUUUUGUCUUUUUUCACCAGAAUAAUGUGCCAGUUUUUUGUAGCAAUGUUAUUUCUCUCGGAAGCAGAAAUGCUUUGUACCAGAGCACCUCCAAACUGCAUUGAGAAGAAGUUCUGGAACCAUCCCUGUUUUCCAUUUUUAUAUAAUUUAUAAAGAAAGAUUAAAGCCAUGUUGACUAUUUUACAGCCACUGGAGUUAACUAACCCUUCAUCGUGUCUGUCUGCCCAGGAGAGAAUCGGGUGAAACAGAGAUUUGGUUUCCCUUUGAUGUCCAGUUUUACCAUCCAUUCUGUUAAAUAAUUUUGAAAAAUACACCCUCCCUUUAGUUUGUUGGGGGAUAUAAAUUAUUCUCAGGAAGAAUAUAAUGAACUGUACAGUUACUUUGACCUAUUAAAAAGGUGUUGCCAGUAAA